AUGAACUCCCACCCAGAGUCUAAACAGUGUCCCUCGUUGUUUCCCUUCAUCUGUGCUAUCAUUGGGCUGGUGUGGUAUGUAGUUAUAUGGGAAUUUGUUAUCCGAGGAUGCAGAACAGCCCGAAUAAGGUAUCGCACACAGCCAAGGUCAUCCCUUGCGACAGCGCCACCGAGUUCUUUUCCCGGUGUAUCUAUUCUGCGACCCCUGAAAGGCCUGGAUGCCAACUUAUACGAAAACCUUGAGUCCACAUUCACCCAACAAUACCCCAAUUACGAAAUUAUAUUGUCUGUUGCUGAUGAGCAAGACCAAGCUCUUCCGGUUGCGAGAGCCCUCAUCUCUAAAUAUCCCAACGUUACUGCCCGGGUAAUAAUAGGAGAAGAGGUGGUUGGGGUUAACCCAAAAAUAAACAACCUCAUUCGUUCAUACCAUGAAGCUACCCAUGACAUUCUCUGGGUCAUUGAUUCAGGUGUUUCGGUUGCGCCUGGGACCCUUGCGCGCUCCGUUGCCUUACUCGAGACAUCCACACCGACGAUAUUUUCCAAGAAGCGCAUUGCGCUUAUCCAUCACGUCCCAUUUGCAUCCACUCAAGAACAGUUUCUUGGGUCAUUGAUCGAGGAAGCAUUCCUCAAUACCAAUUAUGCGAAAAUGUAUCUCGCAAUUAACGUGACAGCCGUCGAAGCUUGCGUGGUUGGUAAAUCAAACCUCUACCGACGUUCCGAUCUAGAGCGGCUUAACGGUUCGCUGAAGCCUCGAGCGCUCACAGACAAUGACCAGCCCGAGGAUUGCCUCCGCGGCCUUGCCGCGUUCGGGAAAUUCUUGGCAGAAGAUUACGCGAUUUCCAGUGCUCUAUGGCACGAGCUUGAUCUCCGGCACGACUUAUCCUGCGACGUCGCACAUUACACGAUUGGGAAAAUGUCUUUCUCAGACUACGUGUGGAAGCGCGUACGCUGGAUUCGUGUGCGCAAACACAUGGUUCUUAUAGCGGACGUCGCGGAGCCCUUUACCGAAAGCCUUGUAGCUGGUUCCAUCGCAGCUGCGGCUUUGUGGUAUCUUUUUGGGAUUCGCGUAUGGCUUUUUCUAGUGAUUCAUAAUGCGGCUUGGCUGUGGGUGGAUUUAGAUGUUUACGAGUCGCUCGCUGGUCGUCCUCUUGCAGCUGACAGACGAUGGCUGUUCAUCGGUGCAUGGUGCCUACGUGAACUGUUAGCUUUGCCGAUCUGGAUCCUGGCUAUGCUUGGUGAUGAGGUGGUUUGGAGAGGGAAGAGAUACGAGAUGUUCGGAGCUGGAGAAGUAAGAAGCAGUCGUCAGGAAAUGGAAUUCAGAGGGGGGGAUAAAUUACUCGGUAAAGGCACGACUAUUAAUUCUUGCUAA